AUGGGACAGAGGACAUACUUCAUUUAUUCCUUUGUGUUCAAACCAAGUGUUCCAACUCAAAAUCACUUUCAUUUCCAAUCCUUAGCUGGUCCUGCAUUGGAUUCUAUUGAAGUAUGUAGGGAAUAUUGUUUGUCAACCAAACUGACAGAGGGAAACCAAAAGGAAAUCAUGGGUAUUCGUUUUCCUUCAGUUCUUACCAAGCAAAUUCUGCAGCGAUCUUCAACAUCUAUGGCUGUGCCCAAAGGAUUCUUAGUAGUAUAUGUCGAGAAAAUUGAGAAGAAGAGAUUUGUCGUUCCGGUAUCCUAUCUCAAUGAGCCUUCAUUCCGGGAAUUGCUUAGUAAAGCUGAAGAAGAGUUUGGUUUUGAUCAUCCAAUAGGUGGUUUGACAAUUCCUUGUUCAUCAACAGAUAGACACAACUUGAGUUUUCAACCUCAUAUUCUCUGUUAA